CAACUCUGCUUAGACCUCAUGGAAAUGAUAUCGCAGAUGCCGUCGAUGAAGGAUAUGCUAUUUCGUUUCUUGAGGCACACGAGAACAGAUCGGAGGUUAAUGUUGGUGGAAUUGUCAAGAGGAAAAGUAAGAGAACAGGGUACUACUAUACUGAUGAUGAGGACGAUGACGAGGACGAUGAUUGGGAUGACGACGAUGGAGAUGACGAUGGCACGGAUACUGUUAACAGCAGCGAUACUAACUGA